AUGGAGGUUUUUAGCUCUUUUCUCAAAAGGGUUGUGGAUGGAGGUUUUAUGUCGGGCUGUAAGGUGAAGGGUAGGAACGACAAAGGGGUUCAGAUUUCCCACUUGUUGUUUGCUGAUGACACCUUGGUGUUUUGCCGAGCUUCUCAAGACCAGCUGACUUACCUAAGUUGGUUGUUUAUGUGGUUUGAGGCCGUAUUGGGUUUGAGAAUCAACUUAGAGAAGAGUGAGCUCAUUCCAAUAGGGAGGGUAGAGAAUAUUGACAAUCUUGCCUUGGACUUUGGCUGUAGAGUGGGUAGCCUCCCGUCCACUUAUCUGGGUCUUCCUUUGGGUGCUCCGUUUAAGUCAGUAUCAGUGUGGGAUGGAGUGGAAGAGCGAUUCCGUAAAAGAUUGGCUAUGUGGAAGAGACAAUAUUUGUCCAAGGGAGGGAGAGCAACUCUAAUCCGAAACUUGAGCAAAUUCAGAGGGACUUCCUUUGGGGUGGUGGCAACUUGGAGCGAAAACCACACUUAG